UGAUCCUGAGCAAUCCACUUACGGACUUGCGUAAACGCGAUUUAUUCUGUCCAAAACAAACUGGUGCCUUGCUCGCCCGCUAGGAGCAGGGGAAUUUACAAUGCUAGAACGGUGAUGAAACAAAGCGAUAGCCACUACCAGAAGCACCCUGCAUUUCUGAGGAACCUGAAAUAUCGAUAAAUAGGAAAAAAACUUGACAAGUUCUUGCACUUUACACUGAUUCAAUGGACUCGUCCCGAAAGGACGUGGCCUGCUACCUGGAUGGAGUACAAGUCAAAAUAUCAGAGAAGUUCAGGCCUCCACGAAGGAUAGUGCUUCCGAUGGGGCUCACUAGAAACUUCUACCCUCAAACACUGCAAGAAAACUAUGACUUUGAUCUCGAGCAGAGAACAAUUGAGUUUGCCGAGCGCUACCGCAAGGAACAAGAAUCCAAGCGGCAAGCUCGAACUGACCGUGUGGCAGCUGACAUUGAGCAAUUCACUCAGUCGACUGCACAAGAUCGGUCCGGUGUGUGUGAUGUGAGCCCGGGUUCAACGAACUGCGUAUCUGCUACAGCUGUCACUGCUGCUUCGGUCACGUCUGCCAGCAUUCUGCAGCCUGCACUCGCCCCAGAGACGCCUGGUACUACUGCAUCUCAGACCACAACGCAAAAGUCAUUCAGCUUGGCAGAGUUCGAGAACGAGAGUUCGAGCCCAUUUGAUUAUGUUGAGCUUCAGACGAUCAAUGAAUUGGAAGAGCUCAGUUCAGUCUUUCAGGGUAUGACAACACAGUCACCUCAAGCCACCUCUGCAGAAGUGGAACGUCCUGUUAGUGAGCCUACGUGGCCACAUGUUCAGCCCACUGAGACUGUGGUUGUGAAGGAAGGUGGCGCCAAAGCUACUGUGCAUUUCUCGAGGAGUGCUUCAGAUGUCUGCAGCUCUGGAAAUGAGAGCGUUGGCCAAUCUACCAAAACACCACCGCCAGAGCCUGCCCGUCAGACAGAACUGACGCCAGAGGAAACACCGCAGCCGCUGCAUAAUCAUCAAGCUGCAGUUACAGAGACUCCAGCAGAAACUCUCGCUCCUCUUUUACGCUCCUUAAUGGACAUGGGCUUCGACAAGCACCGGGCUCAACGGCUCUGCAGCUUCCAAGGAAGCACAGAUGACAAAAAGGUAGUCGAGUACUUGUGUCAAGUGCAGUCACUUGUUGAUGCUGGAUUCAGUGAUGUGGAUGCUGAGGAAGCUCUGCAGGUCAGCUCAGGAAACUAUGAACAGGCACUGGAGUUCUUACAACUCCAACGACAGUUCGUGGCUCUUGGAUUCACGAAAGACUCCAUUGUUAAGGCCCUUGUCGAAGCCCAAAAUGACCGGGACAAGGCGCUGGACUUGCUCUUAGGAUGACUGAUAUUAUUCCUUUAUUAUUCAACAUAUUGCCAAAUUUAUUUUGAUAAUAAAAAUAAUAAUGAUGCA